AUGUCAGCAUUAUGGGAAGAAGUAGGAGUAGAAAAUGAUGUAGUUUUGAUUGUAUCGUUCUACGAAAAUUUAAUAAAAGAAAUGAAAGAAGCUUAUAAUAAUUUAUAUGAUUUUGUUUUGAUAUUAAAAGAUAAAAUAGAUUAUACAGAAAGUCCUAUAGAAUUGUGUUUGUCAAAUAAAAAUAAUAUGAUAAGCGAUUUUGAAAUUAACUAUGCAGAAAAAGAAGUGAAUAACAAAAAUGUAGACGAUACAAAUUGUUCAGAAAACGAAGUGAAUAACAAAAAUGUAGACGAUACAAAUUGUUCAGAAAACGAAGUGAAUUUUUAUAACACUGACAAAUUAAAUAAUAUUUUGUGUAAAAAUAAUAUGAGUUGUUUUAAAGAUGAAAUAACAAAUCCGAAAAAAAUAUGUAUAAAUAGUCAAACAGAAUUUCCAUUUUGUGAAAAAAAAAAAAAUGAUAUGCUAAAUGUAGAUGAUAAUUUGAAUCCUGGAUAUCAUAGUGAAGGGUUUGAAAAUGGAAAAAAAAAAAAAAAAAAAAAUAAUAAUAAUGAUGAAAAAAAAAAAAAAAAUAAUAAUGAAGAUGAAAAAAAUAAUAAUAAUGGUGAAGAUGAAAAAAAUAAUAAUAAUGGUGAAGAUGAAGAUGAAAGUGCGAAAAGACAGCCAAUUCACUAUGCUGAUGAAAUAAAAAAUAUAAUCGACAUGAAUUAUAAAAAUAAUAAAAUUAAAGAGACUAUACAAAAUGUUAAAUUGUUAAAAAACAAUAAAAAUGAUCAAGUUUCAAAUUUAAUAAAUAGUUAUAACAAUUUAUAUAAUUUAGAAAAGGAAGUAGAAGAAAAAGAGGAAUCAAAUUUAGGAAAUAUAAAAACAACAUAUAAAAAAAAACAAAAAAAAAAUAAUAUUUGUCCAGAAUAUUUUUCUGAUUUAAAUUUUUCAGAUAAUUCAAUAGACUCAAAUAAAAUAAGAAUAAUUAAUUUGGUUAAUGAAAAUAAAAUAUUAUCAAAAAUGUUAAAUAAAAAAAAAAAACAUUAUGAAAAUAUUAUAUUUGAAAAUAUAAAAUUAGGAAACAAUUCAGAAAAAAAUAAUGACUAUCAAAAUUUUUAUCUCUUUUUUGAUAAAAAAAUUCAAAAAAAAAACAAAAACAAAAUGACCAAUAUAUACAAUGAGCAGGUAAGGGCUCUAAAUCUCCCCGACCAAAACAAAAGUCUUGAGCAGGUCGAGAGCAGCAGUUGCCCAGUUGACGAAGUUAAAGAGGGUGAAGAGGGCAAAGAAGUUAAAGAGGGUGAUGCUAAUUUUUGUGGAGAUUAUUUUUGUGCAGAUCAUUUUUGUGCAGAUCAUUUUUGUGGAUAUUAUGAAGAGGGCGAAACAGAUAUGCACAUAUGUAAUAGUAAAAAAGCCAAUUUAGGGAACGGUUGCAAUAAUAAUGUAUAUAAAAAUAUAUUAAGAUGUAAAUUAAAAAACAAAGAAAAAUGUAAUGAAUGUUAUUCAUUUUUUUUAAGAAUUUUAAAAGAGUGUGAAAAAAUAAAGUCUAUAAAAAUGAAUAAACAAAAUGCAAAUAAAAAAGAAGCCCAUUUAAAUUGUAUAUAUAACAAUCAAUCUAAUUUAGAUAAUAAUACAAUAUCUUGUAAUGAAUGUGGACAAAUUUAUAGUUCCAAAGAUCUUUCUUAUAUUAAUUUACACAAUGCAAAUAAAACUGAAAUGCAAAAAAGUGUCUUAUUAUUAAAUAGUGAUAUCUAUCUUGGAGCAAAUGAAAGUAGUGAGACAAUAAUGGUUGAAAAUGAUAAUAUAUCAAAUAUUUCAGAUAUUUUUAAAAAAUAUAAACCUCAUAAUUUGUCAAAUAGUAAUAUUAUAUAUAUACCUGAAUAUUAUUACUCAAAUAUAAAUAACAAAACUGUUUUAAAUAAAAAUGUAAUUAUGAAAAAAAGUGGAUACACAAUAAAUGACUCGAAUUUAGUAAGCUGUCAUUGCCCUUUACAAAAAAAUAACUCGAUGUCUCAAAUUUUAACCAACAGUCACGAAAGGUGUGCAAGUGCUCCUCCCGAAAAAUGUGGAAAAUGCGAAAAAUUCGGAAAAAUCGGAAAAUUCGGAAAAUGCGGAAAAUGUAGCAAAUGUAGCAAAUGUGGAAAAAGCAAAAAUGGAGUGGAUUCCCAAAAAAAUUUGUAUAAAAUUGUUAGUUAUAAAAAUGUGAUUAGAAAUACAUUACCCUCGAAUUAUAUAGAUGUAGAUGUUAAUCCGUUUCAAGUGCCUUAUCAUAGUAUGGGAUCUUUUUUAAGUUAUUCAAAUUAUAUGGGUAAAAGAAAACGAAGAAAAAUUAAAAAUAAAAAAUUAAGACAUAUAGGAAAAAGGUUGGAAAAAAGAGAUAAAGAAAUGAAAUGUAAUGAAAGUGAAAUUCAAACCAAGAAUAAACAAAAUGAAAAUCAAAUUUCGGAAAAUAUGUUUAAUAGUGACUCUAGUGAUGUAAAGGGUUCAAAUAUGAGUUCUGAAAAGAUGAGCAAGGAAAAAACGAGUUCUGAAAAAACGAGUUCUGAAAAAACGAGUUCUGAAAAAACGAGUUCUGAAAAAACGAGUUCUGAAAAAACGAGUUUUGAAAAAAUGAGCAAGGAAAAUUUGUUAGAAGUAGAAGACAAAAUUAAUGAUAAUGUAUCGAAAAACCUAGUGGACAAUAUAAUAAAUAAUAAAAUAUAUGAUUUAGGAAAAUCUGAAAUAAAAGAGAAUGAAAAAAACAAAAUUAAUAAAAAAUCAAAAAAAAAAUAUUUAAAAAAAGGAGAAAAAAAUAAAAUUAGAAAAAAAGUGUAUAAUAAACAAAAAUAUUAUGAAAAAAACAAAACAAUAUUAUAUAUAGAAGAUAGAGACAAAACAUAUUUAUCAGAAUAUAAUGAUGAAAAUAUAUCAGUAAAAAAAAAAAAUUUUGAAAAUGAACAAUAUACAAAUAAUUUAAAUAAUAAUAAAUAUGAGUUGAGAGAAAAAAGAAAAAUUAAAUAUAUAUUACCAUCAAUAAAUAAAAAAUUACGAAGAGACAGUUCAAGACAGAUAUUUGACCCAUUUUUAUAUAACAAUACAUGGGCUAUAAAAAAAGUAUAA